GUUGACAAGACACCUCAAACUGCAAACAAGGUCAAUUAUGACUAUGAAUUAUGACGUGAAUUUUUGAUCCACGGAGGUUUUACAUUUGUAAAACUUUACUCGACCCGAGAAAAGCGUUUUUAACAUAUAUGACUUCAUCACAAUGCUGGCAUAUGCGCCAGCUGAGCAAUUCUUAUUGAACUGUAUGGGCGCCAUUUUUGGUCGGGUAACCAGCUCUUAUAAUACAUGCAUGGCUUACAUAAUUGCAAUGUGAAACCAAAACUAACAGGAUCAAAUGUAUACAAUGUAACAAAAACACGAACUUUGUUAACCUUUAAGUUAACUUUUGUUUAUUGCGCAACAUCUUUUCCGCCAACAUGAGUUUUAUUAUUGUGAAAGCUGUGAGCGGAUGCUUUGGCUCAGUGUUGCUGCUGCCUUAACACUGUCUGUCUUUCAUUAGUAAGUGAGUGAAAGCUCAGGGGCCGUAGCGUUUUGAAAGCGGUACCAUACGCAUACCAUACAGGGUUUGACCUGCCACAUAGUGCCGAAUUUUUCAUUGAUUCAUGUUCCAUCUUUUUUGAGAAAGAAAACGUCGCCUGGAUGACUGCUGAGUGCUCUCCCAUCUAAAAAACACAAGAGGACGCGAUUCUUCAAGUGAAUUUUUAUGGAAUAAAACCAGUCCUACCAGCAGUCAUGUCAGGGAAGUCAGACGGGAAAAAGAAGUGGGCAGCGGUCCGGGGUCGCCUGGGCUCCUCGCAGGACUCCGAUACUCAGCCGGAGGCCAACCUUGAGAGUGCUGACCCAGAGCUGUGCAUCAGACUGCUGCAGGUUCCCACUGUGGUUAACUAUUCUGGGCUGAAGCGUCGCCUGGAAGGCAGCGACCAGACAUGGAUGGUCCAGUUCCUGGAGCUGAGUGGGCUGGAUCUCCUCCUGGAGGCAUUGGACCGGCUCUCAGGGCGAGGGUGCUCUCGUAUUGCCGAUGCCCUUCUGCAGCUCACCUGUGUCAGCUGCGUCCGGGCAGUCAUGAACUCCUCAGCAGGGAUCCACUUCAUUAUAGACAAUGAGGGAUACAUUCGGAAGCUCUCUCAAGCCUUGGACACUUCCAACACCAUGGUGAAGAAGCAGGUGUUUGAGCUACUUGCAGCCCUCAGCAUGUUUUCUUCAGAUGGCCAUCGCCUGGCUCUGGAUGCCCUGGACCACUACAAGGGCGUGAAGACACAGCAGUAUCGCUUUAGUGUGAUCAUGAACGAGCUGCAGGCCACAGAUAAUGUCCCUUACAUGGUCACACUCCUCAGUGUCAUCAACGCACUCAUUUUUGGGACAGAUGACCUCAGGCAGAGAGAUAAGAUGAGAAAGGAGUUUAUCGGGCUUCAGUUACUUGAUAUUCUGCCAAAAUUAAGGUGA